CAUGUGAGCACAAUUUCAACAUUUAAGAGGUUAAAAACGACAAGGAAUUUAUCUACGGGGAUCUCGAACACAACACGCCAGUUUUGCUGUCUCUGUCCACGCGUAUAAGAAGUGGAGCAAGGGAUUCACUCGAUCAUCCUUCCUGCUCAGACUGUGGUGAGGGAUUCACUCGAUCAUCUGACCGACUGGCACGCCUGUCAUUUUACACAGGGGAGAGGCUGUUCACCUUUUUAAACUGUGGGGAUUCAAGGUCAAUUCAUGAAGGUACAUCAGCAAGUUCACACUGGGACAAGGCCAUUCACCUGUUCUGUGUGUGAGAAGGGAUUCAGUCAGUCUUCCCACCCGUGGACACACCAGUCAGUUCACACUGGGCAGAGGCUGGUCAUCUGCUGAAUUUGUGGGGAAGGAUUCACUUGGUCAUCUGACCUAAUGGCUCACCAGCGAGUUCACACGGGCGAGUGGCCAUUCACCUGCCCAGAAGGUGAGAAGGGAUUUACUUGCUCUUCUAAACUGAAGGUACAUCAGAGAGUUCACACUGGAGAGAGGCCAUUCUCCUGCUCAGACUGUGGGAAGGGAUUCAGUCAGUCAUCCACUCUACUGACUCACCAGCGAGUUCACACUGGAGAGAGGCCAUUCAUCUGCUUGGACUGUGGGAAGGGAUUCAAUUCUUCAUCUAAUCUACAGAGAAACCAGCGAGUUCACACUGGAGAGAGACUGUUUACCUGCUUCGAUUGUGGGAAGGGAUUCACUGAGUCGACUAGCCUACAAGCACACCAGUCAGUUCACACUGGAGAGAGGCCAUUCACCUGCUCAGUGUGUGGGAAGGGAUUCACUCGAUCAGCUCAGCUGAAGGAACAUCAGAGAGUUCACACUGGAGAGAGGCCAUUCACCUGCUCAGGCUGUGGGAAGGGAUUCACUCGGUCAUCUGACCUAAUGGCACACCAUCGAGUUCACACCAGGGAGCGGUCGUUCGUCUGCUCGGACUGUGGGAAGGGAUUCACUUGGUUAUCUAAUCUGAAGGUACACCAGAGAGUUCACACUGGGGAGAGGCCGUUCACAUGCUCAGUCUGUGGGAAGGGAUUCAGUCAGGCAUCAAACCUGCAAGAGCACCAGAGAAUUCACACUGGGGAGUGGCCGUUCACCUGCUUGGACUGUGGGAAGGGAUUCACUUGCUCAUCCCAACUGAAGGUACAUCACAGAGUUCACACUGGGGAGAGGCCAUUCACCUGCUCAGACUGUGGGAAAGGAUUCAAUUCAUCAUCCCAACUGAAGGUGCAUCAGAGAGUUCACACUGGGGAGAGGCCGUUCACCUGCUCAGACUGUGGGAAGGGAUUCAUGCAGUCAUCCGAACUAAAGGUACAUCAGCGAGUACAUACCGGAGAGAGGCCGUUCACCUGCUCAAUUUGUGGGAAGGGAUUCACUUUGUCAUCUAAACUGAAGAGCACGUACCAAUACGGGAUGAUCAAAAAUGGUGGUGAUGAAGAAUACAACCACAUAGAAAACACCCAUGAUCCAGAACCACCCAAGAGGAAAAAACUCCUAGUUCUAACCCCACCCACCUCCCUGAAAGCCCAAAAUAAAAGGCAAGCAACCUAGGAUAGCAUACGAAGCCAGGGACCGCUCUGUCUGUACAGACUCUUGAUGCCCAAAUUACUGAAGCCGAAAUUCAUAAAGCUAUUUUUUCAAUGCAAUCUGGUAAGGCCCCUGGACUUGAUGGCUGUCCUGUAGAAUUUUAUAAAAAAAUUGGAAAAUUGCUUUUUCCGGAUAUAUGUUGGAAAUGUUUAAGGAUUCUGUUUUGAAAGGUGAUUUACCCUCUACUUUCUAUGAGGCUUCUAUUUCUUUAAUUCUUAAAAAGGAUAAAGAUCCUACUGACCGUGCCUCAUAUAGACCUAUUUCAUUAUUGAAAGUCGAUGCUAAGAUUCUGUCAAAGAUGAUGGCCAAUUGGUUAGAUAAUAUUUUGGGUAAAAUUAUUUUUAAGGAUCAAAUAGGCUUUAUAAAGGGUCGUUAUUCCUUUUCAAAUGUUCAGAGACUACUUAACAUUAUAUAUUUAUCCUCUUUUAAAACUCCACAAUGCGUCGUCUCUUUGGAUGCUGAAAAAGCAUUUGAUCGAGUUGAAAUAUUUCUUUAAUGUUUCAGAGAAAUUUGGCUUUGGUGUUAAUUUUAAUAAUUGGUUUGGAACGAUAUAUAAAGCUCCUAUUGCUACUGUUGUCAAUAACAACUGUAGGUUUCCUUUUUUUCAGAUUUCACAGGGGACAAGACAAGGUUGUCCAUCAAGUCCUUUGUAAUUUACUUUAAUAUUAGAACCCCUUGCUAUUGCUCUUCGUGAAGCUAAAAAUAUUCAUGGGAUUUUUGUGAAUGAGACCAUUCAUAAGAUUUCUCUUUACGCUGACUAUUUAUUGGUUUAUGUAUCUAAUCCCGAAGAAUCUAUUCCUGCCUUGCUAAAAUUAUUCAAUAAAUUUGGAGAUUUUUCAGGAUAUAAAGUAAAUUUUAGUAAAAGUGAAUGGUUUCCUUUAAAUGAACCUGCCUCUAUAUAUGAUAAUACUCCUUUCAAAGUCACAGAUUCUUUUAGAUAUUUAGGUGUUAUAAUCACUAAAAAAAAUAAGGAUCUUUAUAAAGCCAAUUUUGUUCCUUUGGUAGACUCUAUGAAGUAUUGAUUUAAUAGAUGGAGUCCACUUACCUUUUCACUUGUCGGUCAUAUCCAUACAGUUAGAAUGAUGAUUUUCCCAAAAUUUUUAUAUUUAUUUCAGAAUAUCCUUGUUUUAUUGACUAAGAAGUUUCUUUGAUCAGAUUGAUUCUAUUAUUUUAACUUUUAUUUGGAAUAAUAAAAGAUCAAGAAUUAGUAAAUGUCACUUACAAAAGUUGAAAAGGGAUGGAGGUCUCACUUUGCCUAAUUUAAGAAUGUAUUACUGGGCGGUUAAUGUGUGAUACAUGUCCUUUUGGUUAUAUUGGGUUGAUAAGAACGAUUGGCCAAUUUGGGUAGACCUGGAAUUGAAAGCUGUGAAACAGUUUUACUUAACCUCGUUAUUCGGAGUUGCUUUACCUAUACAAUUAGCUAAAGUUGUUAAUUUAAAUCUAUACCCUGUGAUUAAGCAUUCAUUACACACUUGGCUCCAGUUUUGCAAUUUUUAAAAAUUUUAAUCUUAAAAAAUUUAAACUUUUUAGUUUAAUUUAUCAAAAUUACUUUUUUAAGCCGCCUUUGAGUGAUCCAAUUUUUUUACUUUGGAAAAAUAAAGGUAUUAAUUUUUUUUUGUUUUUUUCAAAGAAGAUAGAUUGGUGUCUUCUGAACAAUUAGUUGAUAAAUAUUAUCUUUCAUACUCACACUUUUUACAAUACCUUCAAGUUAGACGUUUCUUACAAAGAUAUUUAAGUAAUUUUCCUUGCGUAUUGGAAGCUGACCUGUUAGAUACUAUUAUGAGUAUGAACCCUUUGACGAAGGGUUCUAUUGGAAGAAUUUAUAUUUUUUUAUUACAAUGGGAUAAGUGUUCUUUAUUUAAGAUUAAACAAGAUUGGGAGAAGGAACUCAAUUUAUCUUUUAUGACGGAGGAUUGGACACGGAUUCUGAAGCUGAACUUUUCUUCAAUAUGCGCUCGUCAUUCACUAUUCAAUUUAAAAUUGUACAUCAUUACCCUUUGA